AAUAAAAUAUCUAUUAUUUCCAAUUUCCACAAAAUGGGCCUAUCGUUUAACGAAUUGUGGAUGGACAUCCUUCUUCUCUGACUGUUUACAGAAGCAGGAUCCAUACACGUGUUCAUACUCACAAGUCACACCUAUAUGCUUAAUUUUCUUGAUAAAAAUUUGAUCUUGGUGAGUUUUUUUGGGUGUUGAGUGAUUUUAGGAGGGGUUGUGAUAAUUUGGAGGCUAGAAAUGAGUGUAAUUUCCUUUUUUCGGGUAAUAUUUUUUGAAAUAAUUCAUAGCUUCAGCGUUUGACCCUUUUGUCUCUUGUGGUUUCUGGUGAUUCUUGGUGCUCGGACGAGGACAGACCCUACCACUGCAGGAGAAUGGAGGGCGCAAAAGUUUUGGUUGAGGACGACCCUCCUGCGCCAGGAACUUCACCUCUGAAGGGGGACGCAGAAACCACGAGCGUUUCUUCUAGAGAGGAUUUGGCCGAAAAUUCUCCUGACGCAGGUGGGGAAACGGUAGUGGCAGAAAAUGGGUCUGCCACGCCUGCAGAUGCCCAAGACGCCACUCGCUCAGUCGAGGACGAGACGAAUAAAGAACUUGCAGAAGUAAUCAUCCCUCAAGAUAACAACAGCACCAUCGCGCACGAGAACAAAGAACCAGUCGGAGCAUCUGUUCAACCGAGCACAUCAGAAGGCGAGCCGCCAGUUGCAUCAGCCGACCUCAGGGUUAUUGCGCCUUCGUCCCUGGUGGAUGAGCAUAUACCACCAACUCCUUCAUCACCUCAAGUGAAUAACACCCCCACUUUCCGGCUGCCGAAAUUAGCGAUAAAAUCUAACAAGACUGAGAAAUUCCCCGACCAACCCGAGACGCCUAGAACUCCUAGGACUCCUAGGACUCCUAGGACGCCUAGAACACCAAAUAUCAUCGACUUCAGUAGAGCUCAAGUUGAUACGGCAGCGCCUUUCGAAUCUGUGAAAGCUGCUGUUUCGAAGUUUGGUGGGAUCGUGGACUGGAAAGCCCACCGUGUUCAGACCGUCGAGAGACGAAAAACCAUAGAAGAGGAACUCGAGAAAGCUCAAGUGGAGAUACCGUUAUAUAAGAAGCAAUCCGAGGAUGCUGAAGAGGCCAAACUUACAGUUCUGAAAGAGCUAGACAGCACUAAGAGACUUAUCGAAGAGCUGAAGCUCAAUCUCGAACGAGCACAGACAGAAGAGAAACAGGCGAAGCAGGAUUCCGAGCUUGCAAAGCUUAGGGUCGAAGAGCUGGAGCAAGGGAUUGCCGAUGAAUCCAGCAUCGCAGCCAAGGCGCAGCUUGAGGUCGCCCGAGCAAGGCAUGUGGCCGCCGUUUCAGAAGUCAAGACCGUUCGAGAAGAGCUGGAACAGCUCAGGUUGGACUAUAACGCGUUGAAAGCUGAGAAAGAUGCAUAUGUGAAGAAGGCGGAAGAAGCUAUUUCCAAGUCGAAAGAGAUUGAGAAGUCCGUAGAGGAAUUGACAAUUGAGCUUAUCACUGCGAAAGAGUCGUUGGAAUCUGCACACGCUGCGCAUCUGGAGGCGGAGGAGCACCGAAUCGGAGCAGUUAUGGCGAAAGAACAGGACAUGCUCAACUGGGAGAAGGAGAUCAAGCAAGCUGAGGAGGAUCUCGAGAAGAUGAAAGAGCAGGCUUCGUUGUCGAAGGAUAUGCAGUCGAAGUUGGAUACUGCAACUGCGUUGCUGAGAGAUUUGAAGGCUGAAUUAGCAACGUACCUCGAAUCAGAACCGCAGGGGGAACCGGCCGGAAAUUUUGAAGAUGUACUCAACGAAACGGAUAAAGCAAACCGUGGUCAAAUCGAAGCAGCUAUUUCCGCGGCUAAGAAGGAACUCGAAGAAGUGAAGCUCAAUUUCGAGAAAACGAACAACGAAGUCACCAUCUUGAAGGUGGCUGCGGUGUCGUUGCAGUCAGAGCUCGAAAAGGAGAAGGCGGAACUGACUACCAUUCAGCAGAGGGAGGGAAUGGCGUCGAUUGCAGUUGCGUCUCUUGAAGCUGAGCUGAACCGGACGAAAUCCGAAAUCGCGCUUAUUCAGCUCAGGGAGAAAGAAGACAGAGAGAAAAUGGUUGAGCUUCCAAAGAUGCUACAAAAGGCAGCACAAGAGACUGAUCAAGCAAAGACCCUCGCCCAGGCCGCUCGCGACAAGCUCAGAAAGGCGAAGGAGGAAGCUGAAAAGGCAAAGGCGGGUGCCGGCACCAUGGAGAGCAGAUUACGCGCGGCUCAGAAGGAAAUCGAAGCGGCUAGAGCUUCCGAGAAGUUGGCACUCGCAGCUAUCAAAGUAUUGACGGAGAGCGAGUCUGCUCAAAGCAACGAGGAGGAUUCGCCGGCCGGAGUAACGCUCUCGUUGGAAGAAUACUACGAGCUCAGCAAGAAGGCCCACGAGGCCGAGGAGGAGGCGAGCGAGCGCGUCGCUGCUGCUCUUGCUGAGAUCGAGGUAGCCAAGGUGUCCGAGGCGAACACCUUAAAGAAGCUGGAGGAAACCAACCGCGAAAUGGCCGAGCGAAAGAGCGCCUUGGAGACCGCUCUGCAGAAGGCCGAGAAGGCCAAAGAAGGGAAGCUAGGCAUCGAGCAAGAGCUGCGUAAGUGGAGGGCCGAGCACGAGCAGAGACGGAAAGCUGGUGAUUCGGCUCCGAGCCCGGCCCAGAGGCUAGACGCCAAGAGCCACGUCAGCACAUUCAAAUCCGCGCCGCUCCAUCAGGUGUCGAGCCCCGGCUCGUUCACGAGCAACACGGGAACGGAUACGUCUCCGGACGUCAAGCCUGCGAAGAAGAAAAAGAGAUCAUUCUUCCCAAGAAUAUUCAUGUUCUUGGGCAAGAAGAAGUCGUCCAAGUCGUUGCAGACGCUGCCGUCGUGAUCGUCUCCCCCAGUGUCAGAGACGCCUUCCCUGUAAGUGAGUUUUCUCCUUCGGAAACACCUUAAAUCUGUUGUCCAUUCUUGACAAACGUCUAUAUUUGUAUAGGAGUAUUGUUUUGUGUACAAUAGGUUGCUCAGAUCAUAAAUUUCUUUUUUUAUUUUUUCUAAUACUUGGCUGGGUUACACAGUUUGUAAUCUUAGCUUGGUGUGGCUAUAUGAGGCAUUGGAUUCUGUAACGAAACUUUUCUUUUUUACAUUCAUCAAUAUUCAAAGUUUUGUUUCUAUA